AUGUUUAUUUCUCCGGAGGAUGAAAAGUACAUCGCAGAAAACCCUCUCGGCAUAAUCCUGAACCCCUUCCGGAAAGAGUUCGAGAUAUUUGAUGAGGCGACCUACAAUGAAAAUCCGAACAGUCCGAGAAUUUUACUAACCAAUCGACGAGCGCUAGCUGCCCUUUUUGCGGACUUGACCGAAUAUGCGACAAAGAAAGUCAGUCAAACAAGCGCUGAUCAACUUUUGCCAGGCGAGUUCACUUCUAUACACCACAGCAUCUGGUCUCACUCGCACGAUCCUUCUCGCUAUUACUCUCUAGCGGCCGAAAUCCUUAAAAGUACUUCCGAUCUGGAAGCAUGGAAGGCAAUCCUCCAAUUUGUUGAGGACUACGCAGCUAUACCCAUCUCCCUAUCAUCGAGUUGCCGCAAGCUAAGCUACGAAAGCUGGCGCGAAUACAUAGCAGCGCUACGAAUAGAAUUGAAAAACAAUGUACACGGAGAACUAUCAGGCUUUUGGAACCAAUUCUUUGUCGGCAAGCCGUGGGAAAAACGCGCCUCACAUAUCUACGAAAAUCUCUGCAAAGAACACGGCGGUGACGCACUUGCUGAUUUUCCCAAAGAGCCGUCAAAAGAUACCAUGUGGCGCUGGUUAGAUAAGUUCCAAAAGAAAUAUCUCGACACUAAAGCUAGUCUCCCGAAAGAUGAACAAAACACUUCGUCGGAUGAUUUUGCACAACCCUCAGCUUGGAAAUACUAUCGCUUGGAUUAUGAGGGAGAGCAGCUUGGUGAUAGUAAGUUCUGGCAGCUAGAAGUCUUCACCAAGCCUCGAAGUGCGCCUGUGGAUAGAGUCAGUAAAUGGCGCGAUGUGCAGGUGGUUGGUAAGAUCACAAAUUUGCCCAUAGAGGACUGGCAGCGUCAAGUCUUCUUUGCGACUGCCGUCCAUGUCCGCGAGAUAUUCUGCGGUCAGCCACUGCGUAAGCAUGCUUUUGUAUUCAUUUUAUAUCAAACGAAGCUACAACUCUGGUUAUUUAAUCGCGGCGGUGCUUUUGGAUCUGACACUAUCGACAUUAAGAAGGAGCCCGAGCGUUUCAUCCAUGCAAUAACGGCCUUCACGUUUAUGAACGAUGAUGAGCUCGGAAGACAGGGGACUUUUGAAAUGAAAGCUCCGAUUGAAGAAGAGACCUGA